AUGACCGUCUCGGUCCUUGUUGAUGUCACUGCUGCUGCUCUUUGCCCGUCGCAGUCAACUUGUUCUCAAGCCAUUUAUAUUAACGGCGUUCAACAAACGGUUGUUGGACUUUUCAAGAUGGUGGUGCUUCCACUUCUAGGUCAACUGGCAGAUGAGCAUGGGCGUAAGCCACUGCUGCUUUUGACAGUGUCAACAACCAUAUUUCCUUUCGCAUUACUUGCCUGGAAUCAGUCUAAGGAAUUUGUGUAUGCUUACUAUGUGAUUCGAACCAUUUCAUAUAUUCUAAGUCAGGGGAGUAUUUUCUGCAUCGCUGUUGCUUAUGUGAUGUUGUCAAUGAGAAUAAGAGGGCUGCAGUGUUUAGUUGGAUCACAGGUCUUUUUUCUGCAUCACAUGUCUUGGGGAAUGUUCUGGCACGCUUUCUUCCGAGAAGUAUCAAUAGCCCUGUUGAUCUUUUGUCCAGUUUAUAUGCAAAUGUUUUUGACUGAGACAACUAAUAAACGGGCACCUAAAAGUGACCAAGGUUUAUCUUGCCUGACCAAGAUAGUUACUAUUAUCCGUAAACGAUAUGCAUCAAUGAGAAAUGCUGCAACAAUAGUUGUUAGCAGUCCAACACUCAGAAGCAUUUCUUUGGUUUCCUUCUUCUAUGACUUGGGAAUGUCCGGCAUCAGCUCUGUGUUACUGUACUAUCUGAAAGCAGCUUUUGGUUUUGACAAGAAUCAAUUCUCAGAGAUCCUGAUGAUGGUGGGAAUAGGUUCAAUUUUCUCUCAGAUAUUGGUGCUUCCUUUAGUGAACCCAUUGGUUGGUGAGAAGGUGAUAUUGAGCUCAGCCUUGUUGGCCUCAAUAGCUUAUGCAUUGCUCUAUGGCUUGGCUUGGGCUCCUUGGGUACCCUACUUAAGUGCCUCCUUUGGAGUCAUCUACGUUCUUGUGAAACCUUCUACUUUUGCAAUUAUUUCCAGAGCAACAUGCUCAACCAAUCAGGGAAAAGUACAAGGAUUUAUAGCCGGUGUGCAAUCAAUAUCAAGUCUGCUAUCUCCAGUUGCCAUGAGUCCAUUGACAUCAUGGUUUCUAUCUAGCAAUGCCCCUUUCAACUGCAAAGGUUUUAGCAUCAUAUGCGCAUCCAUAUGCAUGAUGGUUGCUUUUUGCAUUGCUUGCAAGCUUAAACCGGUCGAACGCUCUCCAGAGGACAUUGAAACACCACUACUAACUGAUGGUUAA